GCGAUUUUGGCUGGUGAACUGCAUUUGGAAUGGGACGAAAGAGAAACAGUUGAUCAGGUUGCUGGAGUCUUGGGGUGAACAUUACAUGGUGCUGAAGAUGUCCAACUCUACUGAUGCCAAGCAGCUGUAUAACGAAGCACUCAAUCUCAACGGGGCACGGAACACAGGCAUACAAAGACUGUUUGACCUAGGAGCAAAAUGGGUGGUGGCGCUGGACGGUGGCCAGUUCGUGCCAGAAGAGAGCUUCCCACCAAUGCAGAAGCUUUUCGAAGACGACACGAGAAACGAGACGUUUCACUUGUUGCCCAUGAUACGCGCAGUUUACAAAAUUCCAGUCAACAGUUCUCUGAAUUUCGAGAAAAUUUCACCCAAUACGACUGGACUUCACGAAUGUACUAUAGCUGUACAUCGGAAGUUUUUGACGGAGAGGACUGCAUAUUCAUUCCUUAAAUACCGCGGCCUGCUUUAUGAUGAGUCGAGACUAUUCGCCAAAGCAGAACGCAUGACUUUGUUGUGGCUUUUGAAGCGCCAACUGUCGGAUAAGGUGGUGAGCUGCAAAGGAGCUUUUGUGGGAGAGCCAAGAAAUAAAGUUAAUCUGAAGCAGGAUCUUCCUCUGGUUAGAAAGUGUGGCUGGUCUUACAGACUUGUGUAUUUUCCAGAGCCAUGGGCGCCCUACUAUCAACCAAGAAAGUCUAAAAGACCAGAAGCUUUUGAAGAAUUGCGCACAAAUCUUGCGACAUUAGCCGAGAAAAACAACUCGACAUCCAGUUCGUUUUGAAUUCAAACUAUACACGUAAUCGAGUUCCUUUUGGAAUCUAUCUAAAAUGACUCAUGGUAAUCGAAAUUGUUAGGUACAAAAUUCAAAUAAAAUGUUUUAACCGAUUGUAGAUUGCAUAAUUUGUAAAAACAUAAACUUCAGAAAA